AUGUCGUCACAACAAAAGUAUCACAUCCAAGUUCCCGAAAACUAUGUUAAACCUCCAACAAAUCCACAACCUAACGAUCGUCUCGAAAUUGCAUACAAUAACAUUCAAUUGGUUGACAUUAAUGAAAUCAAAAAGCCCAUCGUUCCUGAACUUGACUAUUGCAAAGUGGAAUCAUUGAUGAAUACCAUCGAAGAAGAUUAUGAUAAAGUGCCUCCCAUUGAAGCCCUCAGAUCUCCGAGUGGAUGUUUGUAUGUCUUUGGAGGAUGUCAUCGUUUCGAAGCUCACAAACAACUCGGAAAACAACUUGUCAAGGUCAACGUACGAAAUGCUACUCCUCUUCAAUUACAAAUGUAUCUCGGAUCGAGUUAUUUCACAUUGGAAGCAGAAUACAUGAAAGAGAAACAAGCACGAGAGCAGCAACAAUAA